AUGACGAGACAGUUGGACCAACGCCUCAUCGCGCACGUCCUCGACGAUGCCGUCAAGCAGGAGCCGGAUCGUGUCUGGGCCUCGUACGCCAUCAGCACGGAAAUCGCCAGGGACGGGUUCCGGGACGUCACGAUCGGCCAGCUCGCGAGGGCGGUCGACCGCCUGGCCUGGCGCAUCGAGGCGGCCAUCGGUAAGAGCACCACCUUCGAGACGGUCCUCUACUACGGCCUCCCCGACGUCCGGCACGCCGUCUUCCUCAUGGCGGCCAUCAAGACGGGCCACAAGGUCCUCUUCUGCUCGCACUUCAACAGCCUCGCCUUCAAUCUGAGCCUCUGCGAGCGGACCGACUGCGGCGCCGUCAUGCGCUCCGAAGGCGUCGACGGCCCCGUCGACGCCCUGUUGAGAGCGUGGCCCAUGAAGGAGGCGCUGGUGCCGACCCUGGAUGACCUCUUCAAUGACAACAGCGCCGAGCCGCCUCGGCCGUACCCCUACAACAGGUCGUACGCCGAGGGGGUCGACGACCCGGUCGUCGUCGGCCACACUUCCGGAACCACGGGCCUCCCCAAGCCCGUCACAUGGACCCAAAGGUCGUUCGCCGUCGUCGGCGUCUGGCAGUCGGUCCCCGAUCUCGACGGCAGGCCGUCGGCCGAGAAGCUCCUGCUCGAGUCCCGGCGUUGCUACCAGACGAUGCCCAUCUACCACCCGUUCGGCCUGCUCACCUCCAUCAUCCACCCGCUCCACCGCGGAGGGACCCUCGUGCUGGGGCCCAACUCCCUGGGCCCCAUCACACCGCCCACGCUCGAGCAGAUGUUCGCGCACGCCGAAUUUGACAGCCUGGUUGGCGUCCCGGUCUACCUCGAGAUGAUCGCGCGGUCCCCCUCGAUGCUCAACGUUGUCGGGGAGAAGCUCCGGUUCAUCUACUUCGCUGGCGGCGCCCUCGGCCCGUCCACGGGCAACGCGCUGUCGGCCCGUGUCCGGCUGCACAGCCUCUACGGCUCGACCGAGGCCGGCGCUGCCUUCGGCCACCUCGUCGACCGCGACGACUGGGAGUGGCUCUGCCUCAACGACGACGAGAGCGGGCUCUCGUGGGAGCCGUACGCGGUUGAGGGCGUGGAGGGCAUCCACGAGCUCGUCUUCGUCCGGACGCCGCGGUCCGAGGCUUUCCAGCACGUCUUCUGGCACACGGGCUGCGGCGACGCGUUCCGGACCAACGACCUCUUCGUCAAGCACCCGACCAAGUGGCACCACUGGAGGUUCUACGCACGCAAGGACGACAUGGUCGUGACCAAGUUCGGGUGGAACGUCAACCCUGUCAUCGUCGAGAGGACCGUCGCGCAGCACCCGGCCGUCCGACAUGUUGUCGUCGGCGGCACAGGCCGGCGGAACAUCUGCGCCGUCGUCGACCUCGUGGAUCGCGACGACGAGGCCGCCGCCCCGGCCGACGCGGUGCUGGAGAGCAUUUGGCCCUCUGUAGAGAAGUCCAACGCCUUCAUGGACAAGACGGGUCAGCUGGCGAGGGAGAGAAUCCUGUUCAGCGACAAGGACAGGCCGUUCCCGCUCGCCGGCAAGGGCAACGUCCAGAGGGCGGCUGUCCUCAGGCUGUACGAGAGGGAGAUUGACGACAUGUAUGCGCGGGUCGGAGACGACUGA